CACACAGCAACACCAACAUAACGAGGAAAGCAAACAGCAGAAGGGGAAGAAGCAGAUGUAAGGGAAGAAAGGUCCGCUCCUCUGUGACCAGGGCAUUUCAGAGUUAUAGUGGAUCCCAGCAGCAGCUGAGAUGGCCACUGCACCAGAAGAGGCAGCAAAUUCUAUUGCCUUGGAGGAAAUCCAUACGGAGGGACCAGAACCCCCAAAAGGGCAGAAGACAUUUACAGUGGAAGAAGCUGUGGAAACCAUUGGGUUUGGGAGGUUCCACAUUGCACUUUUUCUCAUCAUGGGAAGCACUGGGGUGGCUGAAGCCAUGGAGAUCAUGCUGAUAGCUGUUGUAUCCCCGCUCAUCCGAUGUGAAUGGCAGCUUCAAGACUGGCAGGUGGCUCUCGUGACAACAAUGGUGUUUUUUGGCUACAUGGUCUUCAGCAUAGUGCUUGGGCUCCUGGCUGACCGGUAUGGCCGCUGGAAGAUUCUGCUGCUCUCCUUCCUCUGGGGAGCCUAUUUCUCUCUGCUGACCUCAUUUGCCCCCUCCUACAUCUGGUUCGUCUUCCUGAGGACCAUGGUGGGAGGUGGUGUGUCAGGCCACGCACAAGGGCUUAUCAUAAAAACAGAAUUUCUGCCUACCAAGUACCGAGGAUACAUGCUGCCCUUAUCUCAGGUGUUCUGGUUGGCAGGAUCCUUGUUAAUUAUUGGCCUGGCAUCAGUGGUAAACCCAACCAUUGGCUGGCGGUGGCUGAUCAGAAUUGCCUCCAUUCCUGGCAUCAUUCUCAUCAUGGUAUUCAAGUUCAUACCUGAGUCAGCACGUUACAAUGUGUCCACGGGGAAUAACGCAGCUGCCCUGGCCACGCUGCAGAGGAUAGCCAAGAUGAACCGGGCAGCGAUGCCCGAGGGAGUGUUGCAGGAACCUCCCAAGGAAAGAAGAGGAAGACUCAAAGACCUCCUCCACCCCAAGUACCUAAGAACCACUCUGCAGAUAUGGAUCAUAUGGCUUGGCAUUGCUUUUGCUUACUAUGGAGUCAUCUUGGCCAGUGCUGAGCUGCUGGAGCGAGACCUGGGCUGCACCUCGAGGACACCACUGAGCACGAACCCUGGCCCUGUCUCAGAGGAGAGCCGCAGCCCCUGCUACUGCCGCCCCUUUGGCCCUUCUGCCUACCGGACCAUGAUCAUCAGCACCGCGGGGGAGAUCGCACUAAAUCCCCUGAACAUUCUCGGCAUCAACUUCCUUGGCAGACGCCUGAGCCUGUGCAUCACCAUGGGAUGUACGGCGCUGUUCUUCCUUCUCCUCAACAUCUGCACGUCCAGUGCAGGCAUGACUGGCUUUCUCUUCAUGCUGCGUGCCUUGGUUUCAGCAAACUUCAAUACCAUCUACAUUUACACUGCAGAGGUUUAUCCCACCACAAUGCGAGCCCUGGGGAUGGGAACCAGUGGGUCACUGUGCCGUGUUGGAGCUAUGGUGGCGCCAUUCAUAUCACAAGUUCUUAUGAGUGCAUCUUUCCUUGGGGCCCUGUGUCUUUUCUCAUCUGUGUGCGUUGUGUGUGCAAUCUCUGCCAUCACACUACCCAUCGAGACCAAGGGCAGAGCACUGCAGGUUUGUAUGGGCUCUUCAAGAGCUUCUCUAUAUCUAUGGGCUACUUAGAAACAGUAAAUCUUGAUUCAGCCAGAAAGACAACCAAAAUCUUCUGAAGGUUCGUAAGCCAAAACAAGGACUGAGAGACACACGGGUUCAUUGGGCCUCAACUCAGGUUUCCACAAGGCACAUGGGACAAUUAACCUUAGGGUUGUUGAGAGACCAACACAUUAAUGAUCGACUGCUUCUUUAAAGUGAACACUUUGAAGUGUUCAGUCAGGUUGGGUUGGGCCCUGGGCAGCAAGAUCUAGCACAAAGCAUCCCUGCCCUUGCAACCUUUAAAUUCCCUUCCAACCCAAGCCAUUUCUUGAUUCUAACCUAUAUCUCCUCCUAUUUCAGUUUAUUAGGACAGCAUCAGUUUAUUCUUCAAGUAGCCACAGGGAUUGCCAAUCAGAGGCAAAAUUUUUGGGGCACAUAUCCAAAGGGAUAUUAUUUAUCCUCUGUAUUCAUUUCUGGUUUGUUUGUUUUUUUUCAUGUGCAUUCUGUUAAUUUUAUGGGUUUUGUGUGUGUGUGUGUG